GACACCGUGGGAAUUGAAUUGAAUGGAAUGGGAAUUGAGAAUUGAAUAUUACAAUUCCAUCAUGAUUUUACCAUUGAUAAACCGGGUGCUCAGAGUCGGAAAAGUGUUUUAUAAUUCUUCACAGAUAUUAGAGCCAUACUUGCCUAUGACAACCAGCUGCAUACGAUGGGCUUCAAAAAAAGCAGGUAGUUCAAAGAGGAAUACUGGUGGCAAAAGUCCAGGAAAACGAUUGGGUACCAAGAAGACUCAUGGUCAGCAAGUAUAUGAGAACCAGAUACUCGUCAGGCAGAAGAUGCACUUUAGGUACUACCCUGGACAAUUCGUAAAGACCGGGCGAGACAAAACACUAGUGGCCCAAGUGGCUGGGACGGUCUGCUUCUCAAAACAGAGAUGGCAUCCAACCCAUAACACACAGUUCGGACGGGAAAUUGCUCCACAGAUGACAGAUGAAGAGAUGGAGAGAACAUUUGUGCAUGUGAUUCCAGAGGAGGAGGUUGGCAAUUUUAAACUGGUAGAGCAGGUUUAAGAUUCCUUUUCUUGAGGGAUAUUGAUUAGACAUAGUGAUUGGCAAGAAUGAAAAUUGGGAUGGUAUCUGUUUUGCUUCUAUGUGAUACGAGAGAUGGAUGGCAAUGGGGAGGUGCCUUCGAGUGGUCCAGCUGGAAAAUUGAGAGCAUCUGCAUGUGACUUUGCUCUAUUAGUACAACUACAACUUUUGAAGUCUAUACAAGAUUGCCCCUCUCAUAUCAAGCUUGUGUGUGCAGAAAACGACUGUCAAGAAUGAGAUCAUUACCUAGAGGGCUGAGUCUGGAUGAGGGUAAGCCGGAGGUUCCAAACUGGUGAUGCCCAACAUGUGAUACUACUUUACCAUUGUUCCGUUUUGAAAUGAUAAUAGGAUUCGGCAAUUUCAGGCUGGAUUCGAAGAUGAGACCUUUCAAAGGGUAAUGUGAGAGUGAGCAGUGAAGGAUCUGUUUGUGGAGAAGACAUGAUUUGUUGCAUGAUGGGGAAUGAUUGAAGAUCACCAAUUACAAAUCUGUCGGCUUUUCCUACUUUUGAGACUGGAACUUAUUACUGUAUAACAUAUAAGGAAAUAGUGAUUGCAGUUCUGAAGGAAGUGCAGAUUUCAUCUAUUCUCUUACAGUGCUUGUGAAGUGAGUGUUAGGUACCACAUAAGAAUCAUGCUUUAUAGGAUUGGUCAAAAGUCAGUCCUGUGAUAAAAAAGUGAGGGAACUUUUAUGUUUCGCUGAUCACUUCAGCCCUAGGGUCAUAAUGCGUUGACUAUUCUGAGUACAAAAUAAAGAGGUCAUUGUGACUUUUUGA